AUAUUAUUUUUUAUUUUCGACGAUUUCAAAUAUUUCAAUGUCCAUUGACUAAGCGAGAAUCGGAGAAUUCCAGGCCAGACCGGCUUAAUGUACUGAUCGAGCAGUGUGCACUUAAUGCUCUUGGUUUUUAUAGGUAAAUUGUAACUAAGAAACUUAUCACCAAAAUGUCUUAUGAUUUCAAGAAAGAAGAUGAUGUUAAAGAAUAUAUUAAAAACUUAGGAAUUGAAUAUAGAUUUGGUUGUUUCAGUGAAAAAGAUGCACAAACAUGUCAGUUACUUGGUGAUUACUUAGAAACUAUAGAAAACAACCCGGAUAAAGCAGCCAAAAUAUAUAAAGAAAAUUGUGAUGAACGGAACUUUGGUCGCAGUUGUUACAAAUAUGCUUCAUACAUAGAAAAAAAUAACUUGAAAAAUCUCAAACCAGUACUUCCUGAGAUGAUAAGAUAUUUUAAGAAAGGCUGUGAAUAUAACUGGUCUGAUGGAUGUUUUGCCGCAGGAAUGAAACUCCGUUAUCAUAGUGACUCAAUUACUGAUGUUGACGAAAGAACAAAAAGUUUACUUGAAAGUCUGCAAUACUUAGAAAAAGCAUGUAACAACAAGCAUUCAGAAGCAUGCUAUGUAGCCAGUAAUAUUCAUUUUGCUGGAAUUGAGGAAAUUGGAUUGGCACCUAAUAUGUCCAAAGUCUUAGAAUUUUCAAUAAAAGCUUGUGAUCAAAAUGAAUUAAAAGGUUGUGUUAAUGCAUCAAUUAUAUAUAAUAAAGGAGAUGGUGUGCCUAAAGAUUUGAAUCUUGCUCAGAAGUAUAAAGAACGAGCAUUAGAUAUACAAAGGCAAAUCAAAGAAGAAAAAGGUGUGAAGUUUAGUUAAAUGAUUUUUUUUUAUAAUUGUUGUUAGUUGUCAUUAAAAAUCAAUAAUGUUGAGUUAUAUAUUUUAUUAUGACAUUGAUUAUUGUUAUUCAUAUUAAAAAAA